AUGCAGGCUGCGCUGGGGAUCGCCCGGCGGGGGCUCUUGGGGGGCGGCUCGGGCAUCCCCUUUCCUAGGAGUAUACAGACGGGCAUCCAGAGGUUUCAAAAAUUACUGGAAAACUCAGACUCGGCAACAGACAAAGAGCUAGAUUCCACACAGUCAAAGGGCUUCAGCUAUCUCCCUCCAGCACCGGGAGCAGAAAGCUCCAUGCACUGGGAUGGAAAGAAGUUUGACGAAAUUCCAAUAGUUCAUAUCAAAGCUACUUACAAUAACACUCACAUCCAGGUUUUCACAGCUGAGAAAGUCCCUCUGGUCUUACUAACCUGUGGCUACAUGGGGUUCAAGAACGCAAAGAAAUCCACAGCUCUUGCAGCACAGACAACUGGAAUUGCAGCAGGAAACAAAGCAGCUAAAAAGGGCGUGCACCACGUACGAGUUGUUGUGAAAGGCCUGGGACCUGGGCGGUUGGCCGCCAUCCAGGGCUUAGCCUUAGGGGGGCUGGAAGUGAUCUCCAUCACGGACAACACUCCGGUACCGCACAACGGCUGCCGUCCUCGGAAAGCGCGAAGGCUCUGAGGAAUGGAAGCAGGAGAGAGAGCGAGAGAAAGAAGAGAUUCUGACUGCUUCUCCAAUAGCUUGGGUGGCCAUCUUCAGGCAGCUGUUCAUCUUUCUGCAACUUUCAGACGAGAACUAAAGAUAGGCUUGGGGCUUUGCCCACAGGAAGGCAAGCCAGAGACUAUGUUGAUAAAGUGUGAAUGUUAAAAAAAAAAAAA